UUCUCCAGUUGCUGUUGUACAGAAGAGUAGAGUUCUCACGUUUCAUGGCUGCGAUAUCAAACUUGACAAGAGAAAAUGUCUUACUCUCGCGCCUCAAACUCAAAGCCCUUGUAUACUUGCAGAAAUUUAAACACACUUUUGCUGAAUGUGAACGAGAGUCUCAGGUUUCUGCUGAUUCUGGUAUUGAAUCAGUGGUAGAAGCAGGUCAAAUUGACUUCUCAAAAUGGAGGAAGCUGGACUCUAGGAACUUUGGGAUUAGUAGAUCAAUGAUACCACCAUCUCCCCGGGUUGUUCUGAAGAUUCUGCACGGUGAAGGGUUUGAAGCGUACCUGGUUGGUGGAUGUGUCAGAGAUCUAAUUCUCAAUAGAAUACCAAAAGAUUUUGAUAUAAUCACAAAUGCAACACUUCGACAGAUAAAAAAGCAAUUUCGUCGUUGUGAAAUAGUUGGACGAAUAUUUCCAAUAUGUAGAGUGCAUGUCAAAGGUUCUAUAGUUGAGGUAUCAAGUUUUGAUACUGUGGCAAAACAUGCUGAAAAGGAAGAGGCACCCUUAGUUCCUAAAAUGCCUAAGGGAUGUCCUGAGAAAGAUUUCAUUCUCUGGAACAAUUCCAUGCACAGAGACUUCACUAUUAACAGCUUAUUUUUCAACCCGUUCGUGAAUAGAAUCUAUGAUUAUGCCAAUGCAAUGCAGGACCUAAGAUCGUUAAAGCUACGGACUUUGGUGCCUGCUCACUUGUCAUUUGAAGAAGAUUGUGCAAGAAUCUUGCGUGGCUUGAGAUUGGCUGCCCGUCUUAACUUAUCCUUUACAAAGGAGAUAGAAGAUGCUAUGCAUGAACUCUCGUCAGCCAUCAUGAGCUUGUCCAAUCCUAGAAUAAUGAUGGAACUGAACUAUAUGAUGUCAUAUGGGGCUGCAGAGCCUUCUCUUUCUUUACUUCAGAGAUACAAUAUCCUUGAGAUUGUGUUGCCAUUUCAUGGGACAUACCUUACUCAACAGGCUAGUAAACAAUUGGGUAAAAGUUCUGUGAUGCUGAUGAAAUUAUUUUCCAGCUUGGAUCAAUUGGUCACCUGUGGUCAACCUUCGCAUGAUAGUGUGUGGGUUGCACUCUUGGUGUUUCAUAUGGCAUUGAUCACACAUCCCCAACAUGUGUUUGUCAUCCUGACUUUUGCUUCUGUAUUGUAUCACGCAAAUUGGAAGGAAGCUGUUAAAUUUGCAGAAAAGCAUUCUGAAGAUGCAGCUGUUUAUGGACCAGAAUUCUCUGAUUCUCAAGGCUCCAUUUCAGAUGAUGAACUUGCAAAAAAAGUUGCACAGCUGGCAGUGCAAGUCCAAAAAUCUAUAAACAUUUUAACCGACAGGGACAGCCUCCUGGAAGCAAUGUCCAAGUUCCCAGGAGCCCCAUGCUCUGGUUUGGUCUUUGUAUCAAACAAAAUGGGCAGGGCUGUCGAGCUAAUGUUUGACAUUCUAGUGAAAGAUGUUACAUCUCUCAAAACUAGGAAGGACGUUUACAGGAUAGAUUACGUUUCUCUUGGGAAAGGAAAUAUGUGUGAGACAAGGUUUCUUCUUGGCAAAGUUAUCCUUGAUACCAUAAUUCCUAGAGUCACCCAGGGUGUUAAAGUGAUCAAAGAGGGAAAACAUAUCCUGCUUGGAGUUGAUGGUCAACAGAAGGAAGAUGCUUCCCACGAGAAUUUCCUUGAAAAUUUGAAGCUAAUGAAGCCGAAGUUUGUGUCAGAUGAUGACUUGCUUAAUGAAAAUUAUCAACUCCAACAAGAUAUUUUUGAGAAGAAAAGGUUAAAUCACGAGGGAUGUAGUGAUUUGGUGGAGGCAGUAACCAAGAAGCAGAAGGUUGUUGCUGCUGAGCACUACGAGGAGUUGGCUGUCAAGAAGCAAGAUUUGAUUGAUGAUACAGAUUGUCUCAGUCAGGAACUGGAUAGAGUGAGGGAUACUGUCACUAUGAAGAAAUUUAAGGGUGAGGAUGCUCAGUUGCCGAAGGAUGAAAUAAGGAUGCUGCUGGAAGAGGUGAAAUAUCAACAACACUGUCGCGAUGCAACAGGAAAGGAGAAAAAGAAUGCUGUCAUUAACCCUUUGAAUCUUUUGAUGAAUAAUGUGGCUACUAAGGAUCACAAAUUCACAGAUAAGUAUGAUUCCUUGCAACAAGAACAUAGUAUUGAUGAAGUAAACAAGAAGUUAGAUGGUGAAAAUCAUAAUUCUCGGGGGAAGAAAUUUGCUUCAGCUGGGAAGGGCAAACGAACGGUUAGCAAACAGACACUUUCAACUCUUUUUAGGUGAAUUGCCUUUUGUUUGUUGUAAAUUAGAUGUUCUUACAAGUAGCAAAGAGUAAAAUCUGAAUCUGUAUUAGUCCAUUUUAUAUAAGUACCUAAAUCCAGGUACAUGGCAAUAGAGACAGAGUUAAUUGGUUGUGUUUGCCAUUUUUUUG